AUGGCGUAUCUGUGCGAACAAACAAUUACUGGUAACAAGAACAAGAAGAACUCCAACGACAGCAGCAGUACAUCUAGUACUAUGUACUACACGCCACAAAAGAAGAAGCAAAAGCUAAUGAGCCGCCGUCCUCCCCGUGCCCCAACCAAAACUACGACGAGAACUCCCACUCCGCCUCCAUGGGUAGAAGAAGAAUCCAGAUGCGAACAAGAACAAAGGGUCCAGAUUUUCCACUCGAUACCGGCACAGACUCCUUGGAAUAGUCCAGCACUAAAUCAUCAUCAUCCAGUCUCUUCACCCGGCCAAAUCCAGAGGCUUGUGGAAAACGAUGAUAAUGAUGAUCAAUACGAAACCACGUUUCCCCAAGACCAUCAGAACCACCAUCAAGUUAAUCAAGUUCGUGAUGAUCAUGAAAUGGGAAGGACUUCUUCCUUGGAUGGUUUGGAAUUGCUCGAGAUGAUGAGUUUCGAUGAAUGUGAUGAUUCUUAUCAAGGUAAUGGUGAGAACGGUGAUGAUGAUGAUGUAUCUCUGAGCUACAGUAUUGCGUCCGAAGGGUACUAG